UUGCCCGUCUGUAGGCAGGGAAAGUAGAUAGAGAGAGAGAGGAGAGAGAGAGUCCAUGGCGCCCUUCAAUGUGGGUUCCGUCGUUUGAUUACCAUCGUCAUCAUCACCAUCUUUUCUCGUAUCGGAUCACAUCUAUUUUGGAAGAUUUUUGAAGGGUUUUCAACAAGCAUUUGAGAUUGUAGACAUCUCAAACAUUGAAGAUUGAAGAUCGAGCAAAACAUUUGCUGAAGAAUCUUCAUAUUUGAGAUUUUAUUUGUUAUUGCAAUGUCUUCUUUGGGUUUUUCUAGAAGUGAUGAUCCAAGAUGGAUGUAUGGUUAUAACUCAAAUCCAAAUGAUGAAAAUUAUAUAAGGUGUAAGUAUUGCAAAAAAGAUACAAAUGUGGGUAUAAACUGGUUCAAAAGCACCUUGCCAAUUAAAGGGCAUGUUGCUCCUUGUAUAAAUGUUCCUCAAGCUAUCAGGGAGGAGAUUAAGCAAUAUUUGAGUUUGGUAAAACACAAAGAAGAGCAAAAGGAGCCUUGUCGUUUGGAUAAGUCUUCUUCUGGUUCUUCUAAAAGUGUUGAUCCGGGUUGGAAGUAUGGUUAUAACCCAAAUCCAAAUGAUAGAAAUUGUAUAAAGUGUAAUUUUUGUGAAAAAGAUAUUAAUAGGGGUAUUAACUGGGUAUUAACUGGUUCAAGAAAUACCUUGCCAUUAUUAAAGGUAAUGUUGCUUCUUGUAAAACAGUUCGUGAAGCUAUUAGAGAUAAGAUUAGAGAAUAUCUAAAUUUGGUAAAACCAAAAAAGGAAAAAAAAGAUGCCUUGUUAUAUGGAAAUGUCUUCUCCAAAUUCCUUUAAAAGUGGUGAUCAAGGUGGGGGUAUGAUUAUAACCCUGAAUCCAAAUGAAAGAAUUGUCAAAGGUGUAAUUAUUGUAGAAAAAUAAUAACGGGGGUAUUUACUUAUUCAAAAAACACCUUAUCGGUAUUAGGGGGGAUGUUACCCUUUGUAAAAAUGUUCUUAAAGCUAUCAGGGAGAAGAUUAAGCGAUAUUUUAGUUAAGCAAAACACGAAAAGCAAAAAAAGGGUGAAGAGGCAUGAGGUAGAGCAGCCAACACUCUUAGGACCUCUAGAUCAUCUGCACAAAGCAAAGGGGUAGAAGAAGUCGAGGAAGAGGCAGAUUUAGAAGAAAUGGAGGAGGAGGAGCGUUAUAAUAAAGAGAGAGAUGACUAUAAUGAUAAUGGACUUGACUUCGAGGCAUGAGGCUUACCCCUCUUUUUCUGAUGAUGUCUGAAAGACUCAUGAUUCUUGAGUCUUCAAGUGUAUAUUUUUUUCUUUUAGUAUUUAUGCUUAUGGUAUGCCUGUACGGUUGUAUCAUUAUAUGGAAUUGUGAAUUAUGGAAUGGUAUGGACUGUGGAGUAUGGUUUAUGGAAUAUGGAUUAUGGAUUGUGCUUGUAUUACUAUUUUACUAUUAUAUUUUAUUUUUGAUUGUGCUAGUAAAUUUGCAAUCGUUGGGAACUUUGGAUUAUGGGAUUUAAAAUUUUUAAUCUUUUAUGAUGUAUACUCAUAUUCCCUUGCCUCUCUUCUUCAACCUAGGCCUCCUAGAAAUCUGACCGGCCGACUAGGUGUUGGGCGGCUAGGAUCCCAUGACCAUCUAGGCCCCACCGGACAAUUUUUUGACCAUUGUUUUGUCCUAUCAUGGUUGGAGAUAAAUGGCAAUUCUUGAGCAAUUGGGACAUGAAAUGGUUGACAUAUUCAGGAAAAAUAUCUUGCAAGGUGCUAGGAGUUGAGGGGUGUCAUUAUGUAUGAAAAAUCUUCUUUGGCAUAGGAUAUUUUUGUUAACAUAUGUCUAGGAGGGGUUUUUCUUAUGGGGCCUCAAAAGGUCAGUUGGUUUAAAUUUGAUUUUUUUAAGUAAUUAUGGAUGUACCUCUUGUACCCUUUUAUCUAAAAAACAGAAGUUAGUCCUUGAUAAAAGCGGUUGUUAAAGAAAAGAAGUUUUAUGCACUAGUACUCAUGGAAAGAGAAAUCAGUGAUGUUAAAUUGCCUUCAUUCAGCCGAAGAGGCCAAAAUGCCAAAGUGUCCAUGUCUUCAACAUCUAAGCUAAAGUCAAGGAAAACUGAAAUUUCCCAAAACAAUCUUUUUUCCCUUUUCAUGCUAUUUUGAUUGAGAAAAGAUACUUUGGCUUAAGAGCCUGUACAAGCAUUCAUCAGCCGAAGCAAACUAGAUAUAUGGGAAUUAUUUUUGCCAGGUCGAUUGAGUCCUGGGGGACCAAGGGUCACCCCUAAUAUAAUUUAAUAUCUCUAUUCUUGUUUAAGGGUUUUGCGGAAAACCAUUCUUUCAUCUAAAUAACAAAUCUCUCUCAGGUUUCUUACUUCUUUCAUUUAAUAGGCUAUUUUAAUGCUUAUUUUAUUGAUAGUUGUCUUCUUUUCCACAAAUUAGACUCUACUUCAAACUUGGCCUUGAAAUUUUAUUAUUUGAGCAUCAACUCUUUUACUUUCCCUUGAGAAUUUGAAUGAGAGUGAUUGAAUGAUACAUGAAGUAUUGUGAUAUAUGUGAAUGGUUAGGUGCUUAAAUUGCUGGUGUAGAUGAUUCCAACCUUUCUUUGAAAAUAGUUUUCUUCUUCAUUUUAGCUUCCUCUUUUUGUUUUCUGAUUCUUUUUAGUUGAAGUUGUUGACUCAGAGAGCUUCUCUUCCCUAAGCUGUAAAUUUCAAAACAUUUAGAGAAACAACGUACAACACCUUCAUUUGGAGUACAAAAUGCACCACACUUGGAGAAAGUUGAGGUUUCAUCUAUUUGAACGUUCAUCUUUGUGUUUACCAUUUAUUCCAAAUGAAUCAAGGCCUAUGUUUGUCAUUUCCUCCGGAUCUGAAUUUUACCUUUAUUCUUAGUGAUCCAUUGUAUCAAAAUCAGCAGUUGUAAUGAUAGAAAAGAUGACUCCUGAGUUUUGUAAAUUGUAACAAGGAGAUGGUUUUGUGACUAAUGAAUACUGAUGGUAAAACUAUAGAUGUACCUGUCAUUUGAGGCAGAUUCAGAUUAAUUGAAAAAAUGACAAUUUGAGCAUUGUAUACUGAUAAUCUAGUAGUCUGAAAAAAUGACAAUUUUAACAUUGUAUACCGAUAAUCUAAUAGUCCAAAAAGAUUGUCCUUAAAAAAGUAAUCACAAAUUUCUAAUGGACCACUAGUGGACUUAAUAAAGAGCUUUAUGGAUCUGACUAUAUGGAGAUAUUUGUAUGUUAAGAGUAUACUUUUCUUGUGGUUAAGAAGGUGCAUCAAGAAACUACUUGUUUGGGUUGAUAAAUUAAUGAUACACUUUUGUUGAUAGUGGUCCCUCUGCAGGUAAUAUACUGUAUUGCUUGAUUACUUCUGUGAUAUUUUGUGCCAUUCAUGAUUUAUUCAUAACCGGUUGGCACAUACUUGACUGGCAUUCUUGAUUUUUCCGUACAGAAUUAGGAAGUCUGCAGAUUCCGAUAUGGACGAGUACGCCAGUCAAAGAGGCUCAACUCAGAAUGGAGAUUCCAGGAAUGGGUCGUUGCUUCUUUCUAGGCACUUAAAUUUCAUAGGAAAGAGCAGCCAACAUUCUAACCAUUUGUGUCAUAAUUCAAGGAUUAGUAGCACUGUAAGAGAGAAUAAUGCUUAUGAGCAACCACAAUCUUCUAAGCCUUCCUGCCAUUCUAUUAAGUUUGAAGUUGGAAGUUCCUCGAAACAACCCUAUAACCCAAGCUUCCAAAGUGCUCACCAUUGGCAGGGGAGCCCAUCUUUUGCUUCAACUAGUAGUCAUCGAUCAGGGUUGAUCGUUAUACCUGAAUUGAUGAAUUCAGAUAGCUUAGCAUGUGUCUCAAUUGGAAAUAGUUUGACUGCAAAGAAAAGUUCGAUGAGUUCUUCUCUUGAAGCUAAUGAAGCAUUUCCUGGUUUUCUUUGUUCUGCCCGAGAACUCAGUUCCAAUGGGUUUGGCGCUGAAGGGGCAUAUGCUUCUUCCAAUUCUGAUCAUUUUACUCCUUUGCUGAGCACUAAAACAAGGGACCAGAUACAUUCCAAGAUCGGCAACAUACAAAGUAGCAAUAAUCGGCAGGGUCUCCUCGUUUCUGGAAAUGGGAGUCUCAAUUCUGAAGAUAUAUCUCUAGGUUAUAACUCAAGGGAGAAGAGUAAUGGGAAGUUAUUAGCAGGUUGUGGCCUUGGAGGCUUUGGGUGUGUCUCUAUGUCUGAUGCUGUUUCUUCUGCUUGCCCAUCAUCAACUAUGCAAGGCCAUUUAGGUCAUGCGAAACAAGCUGACAAGAUGAAACAACCUGUGAAUGCACACGAUUCAGGGGGUUUAAAGAGAAUAACCCGGGCGGCAAAAGUUGGUGAUUCAGCAAGUACUUCUAGAUCUCGAAGAACGAGAACUCCUUAUAGCAAUCGCGACCAUCUUCUUCAUGGCUAUGAUAUUUCUUUAAAUGAGCCUUCACAAUCAAAUGGAAUAAGGAGAAGGAACUCAAAUGGGCAGUUAGUUGAGUCGUCAAAUUGCAUGAGUAACAGUAGAUCCGUUAAUAGCAUGGAAAACUCAUCACAUUUAGAUGGUGAGAGGGACAGUGAAAGCCUUGCAGCCAAUGUUGCAAAUCCAAGACUACUAAUUGGUCAAUCUAAUGAGAGCAUAGGGGACUCUCUGACAUUUCCUUUGUUGGAUCCGGUCUCUCAUCCUCAACAGUCACCUGCCCCAUUUCCUUCUACUACGGAGCAUAAUUUAUCAAGGGACACAGAACCAUCAGCUUGUGGAAGAUCAUCUCGGCUGGCUCAUAGAAAUGGCCGAAGGACAAGACGCAAUUUCUCUCAUAGAAACAACCCUCGUAGUUUCUCACUUGAAGGAAUUACAGAGGUUUUACUGGCUCUAGAGCAGACUGAAGAAGAUGAUGAAUCAACACUUGAGCAUCUGCUUGUGUUUGAAGCUCGUCUUCUCGGAGGCCUAAGCUUUCUUGAUGAGCACAGUGACAUGAGACUCGACAUUGACAACAUGUCUUAUGAGGAAUUGCUGGCUCUGGAGGAGCGUAUAGGAAGCGUUAACACAGGACUUGACGAGAAAGCAUUGGCCAAGUGCUUGAAGAGAAGCUAUUACUCCACAAAUACAAGCUAUUGUAAAUCUCCAAAAGAUGACAAUGCAAAAUGCAGCAUUUGCCUGGAAGACUAUGCAGAUGCAGAUGAAUUUGGUAAGCUGGAAUGCAACCAUGGGUAUCAUAGUGCCUGUAUUCAACAAUGGCUAAGUCAGAAGAAUUGGUGCCCCAUUUGCAAAUUGCCGGCCAUUAAUGGUUAACAACUGAUCAAAACUGGAAAGAACAUAGCAUCGUGCACAUUGUAAAUUCAUUUUAAUUUAAAUUAUUAAAAAGUGAGCUCCAAAAAUGUGGUUGUGAUUGUGAAAAAUUGUGAGAACCGAGUCGUUCUAGCUUUGCAUAAAUCAACGCAUGUAUAAAGGCACACUUUGCUCAGUGCUUGUAAAAAUGAUGUGGACAAGUUCCUUAUGUUCAUGUGCAGAAAGAAGAAACAAAACAGUUGUAGCAAACAUGAUGAUCCUGAUUCCUAGGCAAAACAUACAGUGAUAUGUCACAAUCAUUUA